AUGUCGAGCUUCAUGAAACACGCGAGAGACGUCGCCGCUGGCAAGGGUCUGCAAAACGACCAGACAGUUUCUCCUGAACAGCCGCCACACACGCCUCAGGUUACACCCCUAGAAGUCCUCUGUCUCGCCAUUGCCAUCUUUGUUCUUGCGUGUAUCCUCGGUUUCAUUGUCCUGAUUGGUAUCAAAACUAGGCGCUCCCGCGCACAACAUGAGGCCAAUAGCUUUCCGGAGAGCAAUGGUCGGGAGAGAUGGGAUGCACACGACACAACACAGGUUUUCAUCAACGGCGUCCAGCGACGGAGCGACUCGGUGGCGGGACAAGAGAGAAACGAGUUGAGUCUCCUCGAGAGGGACGAUACGGCAUCCCUUGCACCAAAGCACAUCUUCAGGCCUUGGAGAGCCCCCGCUAAUGAGCGUACCAGCGGGAUCGGAAAGUUCGACGGCACAUCGACGGGGCUUUCCAACGACACAUCCCGGGAAUUAGAACAGCACUCCAUGGCCGACACUCAAGGGUCGAUUGGUCCGAACGCUGAAUGUUUACCCGCACAUUGUGGCCGUAGACCAUCGAGGCGCUUCGACGAGCAGGGUGUGAACGGGGGUUCAGGACCAACGCCCCAUCCGUAG